AUGGCUGAAGUUGAAGACUCAAAUUCCCCGUCCCUAUCUGAGCAAUAUUUACUGAAGGAGAAUGAGGCGAAAGUAGAAAUUGCUGCAAAAUCUGUGGAAGAAACUGGGGAUAAAUCCUCAGUAAAUGCUGUUGCUGAGGAAGUUGUUGCGAAAACAGAGGAAACCCCAGUUUCUGUUGAUAGUGAAGUUUCCCCUGAUGCUGCUGAGGAUAGUGGCAAAGACUCUGAUAGUGAUGCUGGAGAAAGCAAGGAAACCAUUCCUAUUGAUGAAGCCACUGGUGAGGUCAAUCCAACUGCCAGUGAAGAAAGCACUGACAGUGCUGAACCUGAGGAUGCGGGUGAACAAGAAGCUGAAGAGACUCCAGAGAUCAAGCUUGAGACGGCACCAGCUGAUUUUCGUUUCCCUACGACAAAUCAAACCAGGCACUGCUUCACUCGAUAUAUUGAAUACCACAGAUGUGUUGCUGCAAAGGGUGAAGAUGCUUCUGAGUGUAACAAGUUUGCCAAAUAUUACCGUUCCCUUUGUCCGGGUGAAUGGAUCGAAAGAUGGAAUGAGCAGAGGGAAAACGGAACCUUUCCAGGUCCUCUGUAG